UUCACGCGUCCACUUCGCGCUCCGAUUGGCUGACGUUCUGGGCCGGCCAAUCACAGAGUUCCCUGUAGCAGAGGCUUGGCGAGUUCACGCUGUCCGCACGUGCUGCUCGGAGGGUAGCGGGACCCCCGCCCCUCCUGCGGUAUAAAACGGGCCGGGGUUGUUUACAGAAAGAAUCACAGACGGUACCGACAGCCUGGCCCGGUGGCACUUCCAGUUCUCUAAUUUAGCAGCUUCCCUGGUUCAUUAAACCCUUAUUUCAUUUUGUUUUCGCGCCUCGGUGGCGGUUUCUGCACUAACCGGACAUUUCACCGUCGCUCCGUGACACUCUGACCCCUUGACUUCCGGUCCGUUUCGGCCGUCGUCAUGGUUCUGUCCCCGGCCAGCAGGCUGCGGCUGUUCCGGGUGGUGUUUUCCGAACCCGGCCGCGCCUUCUAUAGCAGCGGGGACAAGCUGUCCGGCUCCGUGCAGCUGGAGGCCGAGCAGCCCUGCAGGGUGGACGGCCUCCGCGUCACCGCCGCCGGCUGCGCGCGCGUCCAGCCCCGCAAGAAGCGCGGGAGGAGCCAGGAGGUGGAGUACCUGAAGUACGACGAGGAUGUGCGGCUGGAGGAGGCGCUUAGCCCAGACUCUGACGGCUGCUUCCUGCUUCCUGCUGGUAAAACCUUCAGCUUCCAGUUCGGCUUCGAGCUGCCGCCACCCGGGUGCCUGGUGUCGUCCUUCAGAGGGAAGUUGGGCUCGGUGCGGUAUUACGUGCGGGCCGAGCUGCGCCGCCCGUCCGAGCAUGUCCUGCAGUGUGAGAAGGAAUUUGAGGUGGAGGAGCCGCUGGACGUGAACCGAGCCGACCUGCUGGCGCCGGUGGCAGCCUCCGCUCAGAAGAAAGUCACCUGCAUGUUCAUCCCUGAUGGCCAGGUGUCCAUUAGCGCUCAAAUCGACAGGAAGGGCUUCUGCGAGGGCGAGGACAUCUUCAUCAACGCCAAGUUCGAGAACACGUGCUCCCGCAUUGUGGUGCCGAAGGCUGCCAUCAUCGCCAAACACUCGUAUGCCGUGGACGGACGCACCAAGGUGUUGCGUCAGAAGCUGUCGGCGGUGCGAGGAAACCACAUAAUUUCUGGGAUGUGCGACAUGUGGCAGGGCAGGACCAUCAAGGUGCCCAAACUGAAGCCCUCUCUGCUUGGCUGUGACAUCAUCCAGGUGGACUACGCUCUCAUGAUCUACCUGCACAUCCCCGGCAGCGAGAAGCUGACUCUGGAGCUGCCGCUGGUCAUCGGAACGAUCCCGUUCAGCGGCGUGGGCAGCCGGACGAGCAGCAUGUGUAGCCAGGCCGGCUCCAGCUGGACCUCCUUCCCCUCGGCUCCACCCAGCUACAGCAACAUCCACCGCGACCUCAGGGUGGACGGCCCCCGCACGCCGCUGCUCCACGACUACGAUGGCACCGAGGACGAGGAGGAGGAGGGUGGGCUCAUAAUGAGAGCGCCUGAACUUCACUGCCCCCCUCCCCCCGUAUACAGUGAGGUAGAUCAGAACUCUGAGAACUCCUCUCAGGUGGUUCCCAUCUUCUGAGGACAGCGUCCCCUUUAAACGGUCCAACGGUCUCUCCACCAGGACACGGGUUGAGGGCGGAGCCUCAGCUCUGCCUCGAGAUCUGACCUGACAGCCAUUCCCCUCUGAUUCAGCUGUUUCCUGUCAGUGAAAACAGAGAAAAUGUUUGUUUUUUUUAGAUACUUGUUGUUGCAUUAUUUACUGUAGUAACAGGAAGUUACCUGUGUGUAAGAUUUUGUAAAUAAGAGCCUAUUUUUUAUUUUUUUUAUGUGAUACAUGAGUUGAAAAUGUUUGGGUGUUUUCAGUUUGUUCCCAAACAGCAAAAAUAAAGCGAUCAUGAAGAAUGUU